AUGGGGAUGCAUCAGGAGAUGGUGGUUGUGGGGAUGGGGAGUGGCGGGGUGAUAAAGGUUAGAACUGGGCUGGGCUCUGCAAAGCAUAUAAAAUCAGGGUUUGUUGUUUAGAUCUGGAGAGUCUGGAGGGCAUUCCAAGAAUGAGAAAAGGAGAUGAUGGUUGAAAGAACAAAAGGGGCAGGCCCUUUUAUACCUUAAACAAGCAGGGAGUAGCCUAUCUGGUGCUGUGAUAACCAUGAUUAUUCCAGAAAUCUAGUGGAAUAUGAUACAGAGAAGCAUGAAAAGCAUGAGAAGCAUAAGAAGCAUGAGAAGCAUAAGAAGCAUAAGAAGCAUAAGAAGCAUAAGAAGCAUAAGAAGCAUAAGAAGCAUAAGAAGCAUAAGAAGCAUAAGAAGCAUAAGAAGCAUAAGAAGCAUAAGAAGCAUAAGAAGCAUAAGAAGCAUAAGAAGCAUAAGAAGCAUAAGAAGCAUAAGAAGCAUAAGAAGCAUAAGAAGCAUAAGAAGCAUAAGGAGCAUAAGGAGCAUAAGGAGCAUAAGGAGCAUAAGGAGCAUAAGGAGCAUCAAAACAUAAGAAGCAUCAAAACAUAUGAGGCAUAA